AUGGGAGACCGACCAGCUAUCUAUGUCCACCUAGAAAUGGGCUUAUCACUGCCCAAGAUUAUGUCCAAAGACCGACAUAUCACUUACAUUUCCAAGAGCAUGCGCGAUCGAGCAAACCAGUUUCCCCGACAGUUGCCUCCUACAAAUACCAACUACCUCAACGCUCCAUCGCAGUAUCAAGCCGGUCAUCAGCAAAUGCUCAGACAGACGCAGCCACCCCAGGAUCAAUUGCAGCAUCAAUUCGCUUACCAUGUCAGCAAUGUCCUUCCUAACACAUAUGGUAGAGACCCUGUGCCGGCUGGUUUAGUUCAGGAACAGUCAUACCAGCCAUACCGUCCCCAACAAGUACAGCACGAUAUUAGAGAAUACUACGCCCCUGUCCCAUCAGCAGCAACACAACAAGGCACUCUAAAACCGGACGAGGUUCCGCGUAGCUCGAGAUCGACGAGCCGUGGUUCACACGAGCGUGGCAAAUCUGCACCCCCGCCCCUGAACAGCAGCCCCUGGGACAUGAGCCCGUCCCAUGCGUCAGAGAGCGAACCUCACCUCUGGAAAGCUCUUCCUGCAACCCCAAAUCAGUUCCGGCUUGGAGAAGGUGACAUGCCGUGGGAUUCGUGGACAUUCCCCAUGGGCAUCGACGAUAACAAUGAAGAGGACGAUCAAGGCGAGGGAGGGGAUGGACGUAUACGCUCGCGUGAAGCCAGUAUUCGAGCGACAUGGGGACCUGAAUUUCCAGGUGAAUACUCACGUCCCAGCCAAUUCGUGCAAGUAGACGAUCGGGCGACGGGUAAAGCAAAGGAUAUACAGUCUCUGGCUUCGGCAUUGAUGACUGUCGACAACGGGUUUGAGGAUCAGUGGUGGUAUCAGGGCCCUCGUCUAGUUAAUAUCCAUGGAAAUGUCAUGGUACCAACGGCGAUGCCCAAGUCCAGCUUCCACCCCGACCACCAGCAAAGCUCUGUGGGAUGGGCAGUCUCGCAUGAGGAAGCGCAGCGGCUGAAGGAUCAGAACGAUCAGCACCAAUUGCAGCAGAAACGCCAGGAGCAGCAACGAAGACGGCAACGGCACUUGUCACUUCAAGAACAGCAAUUCGAAUCGUUUGUGCCAUCAAACGCAUCUCUCCAGCCCGUGUCUCCCCAUUCCCAUUCAGGCACGGGUACCGCUGACAUUGUGUCGCCUUUGAGUGAUUACCCGAGCCCGUUGUCAAAUUAUGGUGGCUUGCGACGCUCUUUGACCACUCGCUCUGAUGAGCUUCACCUGUAA